CUUUGUCAGAAGCCUCAUAUACCCGUAUAACAGCUCGACAAGCUGUGCUACUGCGAGUCUCACUUCAAACGCCAGAAGUAAAAAAUGGCAGAAACUGAAAAGCCCCCAAACCCCCCUCCUCAACCACCUGAAAAGCCCACCUUCUCAUUUUCGCUUCGCGUUUGGCCACCGUCGGAGAGAACACGCGACGUAGUGAUUAAACACCUCACCGAUACCCUUUCUUCUCCAUCGUCCUUCACUAACCGCUACGGCAUGCUUCCCUCUGAGGAUGCCGUCGCGAUCGCCAAAAUCAUCGAGGAAGAGUCUUUUCUUGCAGCCACUGCCUCCUCGGCUGGCGUUGAGGAUGAUCCCUGCCGUGGAAUCGAGAUCCUUCAAGUUUAUUCCAAGGAGAUCAGCAAGAGAAUGCUCGAAAUGGUCAAGAAAAAGGCGUGGAAGCGGCAAGGCGGUGCCUUUUCUAGUGAGGAAAUGUCUACAUCUUAGAAAUAUGAUUGCUUGAUUUUUUUUUAUUGCUAAAAUAUGUUUUUUAGUUUGUUGGGUUUUUGAUUGAUUACAAUGUGGGUGUUACACAUCUGUUUUAGCCAUUGUGGGCUGUGAUAUAUGAGUCUGAAUUUGAUUUAUCGCCAUUUUAAGAAUGAUAAUUCUGAUUUUUUGGAGGAUUACUGAUUUCGUAAUCUUCCUGCGGGUGUUUUGAUUGUUUUGAUUUUGUAAUACUUCAGUGAAUAAAUUUGAAGGGAAAGAUUUAUGGAUUGCUUCACUAUUGCUUCUUC